AUGGCACUGGCUCCGCCAGUCGCGGCGCUCCCUGCGGCUGGAAGCGGAUCAGAAGGAGAGCAGACUUCGCCCUCCCUGGAAGCAGCCGCAAAUGGCUCCAACGCCGUUGACGAGCCGCAGCUGAUUCUGCAUAAAAUGGCGCUGAUGAGUCUGGUCGCGGCGGACGGUUACCACUGGCUGAAAUACGGCGAGAAAGUUCUGUCGAAGAUUGGCGACCCGGUUUCUGUGAGAAGAGGCCCUCUUUCUACUCCACCACCACCUCUUACUAAACCAGCUCAUUAUAAAACCGUCUUCCCAUGUUGGCUUGACCUAGCUACAUCCACUCCCUCCCCUCGCACUCCCCUCCUCAACCCACAUCCUCUCACACCUCUAUCCCUGCCUUCUUCUCCUCCCCACCUCCUUCUCCCCCCUCCUCUCACUCAAGCAGAGCCUACUACAAGUGCGGUAAUGCCUGGGAGUAGAAGGGAAGAGCCGCCUUCGGUGUCCAGCCCAAAGUGGAUCCUCUCCCUCUCUGACGUGGAUCCUUUCUUGCUCUUCGACCCGCCUUCGGCUCGAAUCACUUCCAUCCACUCACAGUACUUUCCCAACCUUCUCGCUCCCCACCUUUUGCUCCCCACUUCCUCCCACUCCUCCUCUCCUCCCUCUCCCCCCUCUCCAAUCAAACAGAGCGUACUACAAGUGUGGAGAGAAGGGGCUGUUGCAAUAGGUCGGAGGGCGCAAGGGGCUCUUAGCCUUCAGCAGCAGCUGCACCAGCUGCAGCAGAGACAGCUGGUGCAACAGCAGCAGCAGCAGGAGCAGGAGCAGAAGGAUCAGAAGCAGCAGCAGCAGCAGCAGCAGCAGCAGCAGCAGCAGCAGCAGCAGCAGCAGCAGCAGCAGCAGCAGCAGCAGCAGCAGCAGCAGCAGCAGCAGCAGCAGCAGCAGAGGCAGCAGCAGAAGCAAGAGCACAAACAGCAGGAGCAGAAACAGCAAGACCAGAAGCAGAAGAAUAUGCAGCAGCAGCAGCAACAGCAGCAGCAGCAGCAGCAGCAGCAGCAGCAGCAGCAGCAGCAGCAGCAGCAGCAGCAGCAGCAGCAGCAGCAGCAGAGGCAGCAGCAGAAGCAAGAGCACGAACAGCAGGAGCAGAAACAGCAAGACCAGAAGCAGAAGAAUAUGCAGCAGCAGCAGCAACAGCAGCAGCAGCAGCAGCAGCAGCAGCAGCAGCAGCAGCAGCAGCAGCAGCAGCAGCAGCAGCAGCAGCAGCAGCAGCAGCAGCAGCAGCAGCAGCAGCAGCAGCAGCAGCAGAGGCAGCAGCAGAAGCAAGAGCACGAACAGCAGGAGCAGAAACAGCAAGACCAGAAGCAGAAGAAUAUGCAGCAGCAGCAGCAACAGCAGCAGCAGCAGCAGCAGCAGCAGCAGCAGCAGCAGCAGCAGUUUCUGUCGCUUCUAGUGGCAUCCCUCCAACAGGGAAGAAACACCUCCGCUGUAGCCCCAACAGGUGCGGCGGUCCCAACAGCCGCAGCAGUCCCAGCAGCUGCAGCAGCAACAGUAGGUGCUGUCAAUGCCCCCAUCGAUGCCACUCACUCGUCUAGUCCGGCAAGCAACAGCAUGAUCAGCCGCAGUGCUACAACCCCCCUCACCGAGCCUGCUACAGCCGGCGUUGGGAUAGGCGUGGUUCAGGGAAGCACCAGCGCCAGAAGCAGCAGCAUGGGGGGUGUGGGAUCGCAUGCUCUGCAGAAUUCUGUUCCUCCAGUGGCCCCUCCUGCUUGGUUGCUCUCCCUGCUUCAUUCCUCCUCUUCUCCCUCUGCUUCUGCUUCUGCUUCUGCUGCUGCUGCCUCUGCUGCUGCUGCUGCUGCUGCUGCUGCUGCUGCUGCUGCUGCUGCUGCUGCUGCUGCUGCUGCUGCUGCUACCGCUGCUGCUGCUCCUGGUUUCACUCCUCUGAGGGUGCCUCAUGUAACAACAGCAUCCGGAGCAGCACAGCACACACCCCAACACCCCCCACACACAACAUCACUCACGGCAAAACUCACCCCCGCUACACUCACGGCCAAUACAGUCACACCUUCAAAACUCACACCUUCCCUGGCAGCGACGAUGCUGCCUAAAAUAUCUCAAGGAACCGGCCAAUCGUGUGAUCCGCUGAUGUCACUCGUGCCGCCCGCUCUCUGGCCCACCAUGGCAGAGUAUAUUGCAGCUGCUGGGAAGCUUCCAAAGUGUGUGGGACAGCUGGGAAUAGCCGUUGGCAACGUGGCAGCCCUCCCAAUCUACCAAACAGCAGAGCAUAGUCUGCAGUACCAGCACCAACAGCAGCAGCAGCAGCAGCAGCAGCAGCAGCAGCAGCAGCAGCAGCAGCAGCAGCAGCAGCAGCAGCAGCAGCAGCAGCAGCAGCAGCAGCAGCAGCAGCAGCAGCAGCAGCAGCAGCAGCAGCAGCAGCAGCAGCAGCAACAUCAGCAGCAGCAUCGGCUGUACCAGCAGCAGCAACAGCAACAGAAACAGGACGCCGCACUCGUCGCCAUGGCCAGGUUCCUAUCUCUUGCUCUUUUGGCGGUCCUCGUCGUCGGGGUGGUUACUCCCCUGGUGGCAGCGCAGAAGAUGACGCUGUACGAGAAGAACCUGAACGAUGCGAUCACCGUCGUCAAAGCGAAACCUGGUUACAAGGCCUUCGCAUCACUCGUCGGCGCAAUUCUGAAGCAAUCUCAGCUGAAGAGUCUCGUCCAGCAGAAUCUGACCAUCUUCGUUCCCAACGACAAAGCUCUUACCGAAUUCAACCUCACCCAGUACGCCACCGCCGACCUCCUUAAAGUCGUCAAGUUCCACGCCGUCAAGGGCACCUACACCUUCGCGCAGCUACAGGCUCUCGCCGCUUCCGGCGGGAAGCUCCAGACGACCUUCGGAAUGCCGAUCACGCUGACCCCGACGAAGAAGGGCGUCGGCAUGUUCGGCAUGGAGAAGAUCGGCGCCGCUGUCCUCGAUAAGGACAUCUCCAUUAAGCCGACGGUGGUCGCGCAGGGAAUUUCCCGCGUGCUUAAGCCUAAGGGGUUCGUUAUCAAGGGCGCGAGCGCGGUUCCCCCGACGACUAAGUCACCCUCGACCAAGUCUCCGACUCCUACGACCACCCCGCCCAAGACUCCGAAGACUCCCAAGACCCCCAAGACACCUAAGACCACCGCCUGA